AUGGCGAGUCGCCCGUUGCUGCCUGGCCAGCUCCACGUGCUGCUCACGCUGCGCGACGGCGAGCGCAGCUUCGGCAUGUCGCUCGUGCAGAAGACCAGCGCGCUCGGGCUCAAGUACACUGUGGUCUCGAGCGUCUUUGCCAACUCGCCCGCCCACCGCGCCGGCGUCCGCACAGGUUACGUCGUGCGACGGAUCAAUGACGAGCCUAUGGGCGGCCUGACGGUCGCACAGGUGGCAAGUCGCUUCCGGAAUGUUGGGAAGGCACAAAUCACGCUGGACGUGGCGGAGAGUGCCGUGUCGUCAAAGGAUGCGGCCAGCACUACGUUUGGAGGACAACAGCAGCUGCCGGAAGCGAGUGGAUGUUUUACAGAACGACCGACAGCAUCCGUUGCGGGGAGUGUAGCGACGUCUUUGUCAGGACGAGCAAUUGCAGCUCCUGGCUCGGCGUUAGCGGUCUCGAACCGUGCAGUGCGGGAACAGUCAACUUUGGUGCUUGGUGCAACGCCCAUAGUGAGGUCAUUAGCGUUGCAACCGCAGGUUAGCGUGGUUUCUUUGGAUACGGUAAAAGGUGUGCCAGCAAGCAGCACAAUUCCGCAAACCUCUGUUGACUCCAUCAAAGCUUUGGGAAAUGCCGCAAGUGCUUCAGUCGUCAAAGGACGUGAAAAGUCAGUCAUUGCUGCUCAGCCCAAAAGUUUUCCUCCUUCUGGUGUGCACGCAACUCCGCGGAGUGCUGCUGAACCAUCGACCGAGGCGACAACUACCGCUUCAGCAGCAGCUCCUCCUGUUUCAGCAAGAAAGUCUACCGCACCACCGUGUUCGUUUACCACCGAGCCUAUCGGAACGACACGCAUACAGACUCGGACACCCGCGGCGUUAGUCGCGAGCAUCGUAAACUCGGCAAUUAGGCCAGCACAGAAUACGAGCCACGCCCCUGCACUACUUGCACUUGCGCCGAAAGCAAAACAGCCUGAAAUUACGGCACCAGUGCAUUCCACGGUGCCAGCGAGAGAGAACACGCGCUUGCCGAUUGAAGGAAUGCUUGGAUCUGAAGCUGAACUAGCAGGGGGCAAGACUGUGUCAGUAUCUGCGCAAAAUAUUGCCAGAACAAUUGUUGUCGCGUCUGUGUCUGCCCCGCCGUCGCCCAUGACAGUGCCAACGUCGACAACCACGAAGAUAGGCAAGAAACGUGGCCGACCGCCAUCGAACGUAUCGCUAAGCGAGACCGAAAACGACAAAGGAACAGGCAAGGUGAAGAAAGCCGUGAAGCAGCAACAGCACGUUGAUGAGUUGGACAGCUUCAUGAAUGACGAUGAUGACGAUUACGAGGACGCGUAUGAUUCUAGUGCAGUUGCUUCGGACUAUGACUCGGAUGAGUUGUCACCAAAAAAGUCUGCUCGUUGUAAAGUACAUAGUCGGCGUCGUGGGCCUACCGAUCGUGUUCGACAUAGCCUUACGAUCGACCGAUUGAUCGCGAUGGGUUUCAGGAAAGAAGAUGCUGAAGCUAGUGUGAAAGAAAUUGGCGACCACCUGGACGCCUGUAUGGUCUGGAUUAUUUCGAAGAUUGAGGAGCGGCAAUUCAAUGAGGAUCUUAACCAGGCGUCCAUUCAAUCGGAGCAAUCGAAGCAGGACGAAAAAGUGCGGGUGGAGAAGCUGGAGAAAGAAACGCUGGCCCAUGCCGAGAAGUUUAUGGCGGUAUUUCCGACUUCGUACAUGGUGUCUCCUGAAUGCACUGCAUCGCAUUUUAAGACGUUCUUACAGUCUACGAUCGAUCAAGUAGACGGUGAGUCGUACCUUCGUGAAGUUCUUACCGAACUAAUGAAGCUCGAAGGUAAAUCUAUCCGGUGGUACAAGGAUGCAUCUAGGUCGUACAUGCUGGAGUUGUCCGGACGCUUAGACACGACACUCAAAACUCACGACGUAAUGUCUUGCUGCUCGCGCGCUGUAGCGAGUGAUGUGGAUUCGGCAAAUGGAUGCGAAUUCGUGCGGACACUAGUGCAGGAGGUGAAAGCACUGACGUCAGCUCUGUUUGAGAUGCCUAUCAACCAAGGGGGUGUACCCCAGGUAUUCCUUGAGUGUGAUGAGACGACGAAGUUUGAUCUCGAGGACGACGGAUUUGAAGUAGUCGAGUAA